UGGAGGUUUUUCCGGAAGAAGAAGCCUCAGCAUGGCGGAUACAUUUUCCACCUCCAGCGUUGCCUUUUAGUCUUUAGAGUCAUUUCUCGUCUCUAACAGCCCAGUAGUUCUGCAGUGAGCGGUUCCAGCUCAGUGUAUCGACCCGCAGCUCUCCGCUCGGUCCCGGGAUCAGACGUCUGCUCCACGGAGGGUUAAUGUUCGCGGCUGUUUGGACACGUCGUGACUUGUGACCCAGUUCGGUGUGGUAAGUUCUGUCCUCUCCUCUUUAAACUGGUUUCCAGUCUGAUCCAGUAUUUCUGAGCUGAGUCCUGAGUUGAUGCAGAACCUGAAAGUGUCAGUUUGACUCUCAGUUUACAUGUGAAAAUAAAGGUUAGAAACAACAACAACAACGAGGAGCUCCGGUUAGUUACAGAGAGAGUUCAUGAAUUAUAGAGAAAUUUAUAAUAAAACCUCAUUAAACACCAACUAUCUUUAACUGUCUGAGGGUCCACUGAAGCCCUCCUACCUCCUGAUAGAGGAGGCUCAACGGUGAAUGUUGAAGGAUGACAGUGAAGGAAGAAAAAUACUAAAAAAACAUAUUUUACACAAAAGCAACUCAACUACAAUAAAUACAGACUAUUUAACCCAAUAAACUGUGUCCAAAGUUUGAACAAGUGAAGGGUAAACAUUUAAAAUCAUAACAAAUGCUAAAAUUUAGGGCUGUCAUGGUGCAAAUGUAACAUCAAAAACUAAAAAUGUGGCGAUUCCUGAAACCAGAAUAAGUGUUAGAGGUGUUCAUAAUGUCAUGUCCAGUUAGCGAAUGGAUUUAUAUGUAGAAUUCUGAGUCCUUGCUAGGGCUGGGCGAUAUGGGAAAAAGUUUAUCACAAUAUAUUUUUUUCAUAUCAGUCAAUAUCAAUAAAUAUCAUUAUUAAAAAACAAAAUGUAACUGUGAUUAUUGGUAUCAUGUCUUUUGCAAUACAAUGGCCAAAACAUGGCAGAAUGCCGAUUAUUGAAAAGGAGAUUGACCAUGUUUUGUCUUGAGAUUGAAGGAAAUUCAUUUUCAAUACAUAUCAUUAGCAUUUCAUCGCUCAGCCCUAGUCCUCACAUUAAAAUCAUGUCUGUGUGUCUUUAGCAGCGCUCACUUCAUGGAUAGUUAUUUUCUCAUUUUUCCUGCCUCAGAGUUUGGACUUGGUUGUUGUAGAGCAGCUGAGUUAGACUGCAGUUCUUUCAGUUCAGUCACCUAUAAUCUAAGUUCUGAUUUUGCUGAACCUGAAUCUUCAUUUGUGUUUUUUUCUCCACUUGGUUUCCUCAGACUGACUGAGUUGGACCCUGAGCACGGAGCAAAGAGAGUCACACCACAGUGACUUUGACCUGAGUGGAAAUAAACACACAGAGACACAGACUGAGCGUCUGUUUAAAAGCUGAAAUCAACGAUGGAUGAAGUGACUGUGGAAGUAGAUGAAGAAGUGACAAAACAGGACUUCUCCUUUGAGCCGCUGCCAGAGCCGUUACUGAUAAUCCUGUCCCCGCCUCCGCCUUUCUUACCCGUGCCUAGAAGACCCGCCAUGUUAUGGCACAAGUGGCUCAAAGCCUUUGAACACUAUGUGGAAGGACUCAAUGAACAUGAGCUCAGCGACACCAGUAAGUGUCUGCUCCUGCAGAACUGUCUCGGUCCAGAGGGUCAGCGCAUCUUCUCCAUACUGAACCCGAGUGAAACCUCGUACGCAGCAGCUAUUUCCACUCUGAGUCUUUACUUCAGCUCCAGUCAGAGCUCUCAAAUGUACCGCCUUAAAUUUCACCAGAGAGGUCAGGAGCCCGGAGAGACUGUGUUUGACUUUGUGUGUGAGUUAAAAGAACUGCUGAGGUCGUGCAACUACGGAGGCCCACAAGAAAAACUGGUCCUGGAUCAGCUGAUCGAGAAAACAAACUGCACACAGCUCAAAAGCCGGCUCAUGUUGGAGAGAGGGAGACUGACCCUGGACAAAGCCUUGGUGAUCGCGAAGGAAGUCGAAUCAGCUUUAGGUGACGGCGAGCUCUUUGGUGUUCACGAGGUCAGUGUGGACAUUUCAGACGACUUUGACCCUCCUGUUAUAAAGAGGAAAAGAGGACGUCCUCGCAAAGACGAGAAGAGGGAGAAAACUGUCAUCAAACCCCGCCCGGCUGAAAAACCUGCUCGAGCAUCUAAAAUCAAAGAUAACUUUUAUUACUCCGACGAUAAGAUGUACUACAGCGAAAAUGAGGAGGGGGACAAAACCACGCAGACCGGAGACAAAUCCAGCAGUGAGACAGCCGCUGAUGAAGACUCGGCCCUGUCAGCGUCGCAGAGGACAGAGGAGGAAGUCUCUGACAAAGCCAGUGACGAUGUUAUUUGUGAUGAUGACGAUGAAGACGAAGAUUUGGGAUCGUCUCCAUCCUUCCAGAAAGGUCUUAAGGGUCCCUUCUGUCCCCUCUGUGUCAACCGGCGCUUCAGAGACGCUCACAAACUGGCCCGACACAUGAGGACGCACACCAAAGAGAAACCCUUCAGCUGCCCCAUCUGCUCCGUCACCUUCAGCCAGUCGUAUCACAUGACCCGACACAUGAGGAACCAGCACGGUGCGGGCCCCCACGUCUGCUCCACCUGUGGGGAGAGUUUAGGGUCCCACUCCGAGCUGCAGAGUCACAAGAGGGCGCAUGAGCCCCGGGUUUUGUCCUGUCCUGCAUGUUAUCAGAACUUCACCAGAGAAGGUGCGUUUUUGACUCACCUGAUGUCUCACAGCAAAGAUCAGUGCGAGGAGACCGAGGGGCGGAGUUCUCAGGAAGGCGAGGAAGUUAAAAACAGCGAAUCAAGUCAAUCAUGUGACGUAGACGAUCAUGAGAGUGACGAGUGCAGUAAUGACGUGACGGAGGUGGAUGCAGACUCUGGUAAAGACGACUCUCAGGAGAUCGGAUCUGAAGUUACCGUAAAGACCGAAGUCGGGGACGCAGAUGAGGCCGAUGGUGGAGAUGGAGACGCACCGAAGGAAAAGGUCCCCUCUAAGACCAGAACCAAGGACCACGUCUGUCCCAUCUGUGUGGACCGAAGAUUCAGAGGGCAGAAUAAACUCGCCCGACACAUGAGGACGCACACGAAAGAGAAACCCUUCAGCUGCCCGGUCUGCUCUCUAACCUUCAGCCAGUCCUACCACAUGACCCGACACCUGAGGAACCAGCAUGACCUGGGCCAGUAUAUCUGUACGAAGUGUGGGAAGAGUUUAGGAAGCUGGUUAGAACUCAAAGAGCACAGGAAGACUCACGCCGUCGAAGGCCUGACGUGUCUCGCGUGUGACAAACAGUUUAAGGAGAAGGCGGAGCUUGUGCGUCAUCUCAAAGUUCACAAGAAGGUCACCAACCCUCGCAGCCUCAUCUGUGGGGACUGCGGGAAAGUAUUCGGCAGGAUGUACCACCUGAAAAGACACCUCAUGUCCCACCGCAAAGCUGCGAACGUCGAGUCCUACACAUGCCCCGACUGUCAGAAGACCUUCGCUUUCCCAGAGGACCUCAACAAACACCUGGAGGUUCACGUGAAGGAAAACAACGGGACGUGUCCGAAAUGUAACAGAAAGUUCAGCAGUCCUGAGGAGCUGGAGGCGCACAUGGGCGAACACGAGAAGACCUACCCCUGCAACACCUGCGGGAAGAAGUUUAAGGUGGAGUACGCCCUGAAGAAACACGAGCAGAGUCACCAGGACGAGCAGUACUACUGUUCGCUGUGCCGCAAACACUUCACCAAACUGUCCCACUACAAGAGACACAUCAUGGUCCACGACAGACGGGAGUGCAGAUGUCCACACUGUGACAGCGUCUUUCUCCAGCUCACGGCGUUCAAGUAUCACCUGCGGACUCACACAGAAGAAAGACCGUAUCAGUGCACCUGUUGCAUCGAGUCCUUCGAGGAUAAGGAGGACCUCGAUCAGCACUGCCUCAAACACAGGAAGUUCAAGAAAGAGCGUCCGUACUCCUGCACUCGUUGCGAUUGCGCCUUCUCCAUGCUGAUCGAGCUGACGGAGCACAUGACGUCCCACGAGGGGGAGCAGCCCAUGAACUGCCCCAUCUGCGGCAAGACCUUCCUGAACAAGAACAAGCUGGAGAAACAUCUGAGCAUCCACACGGGGGAGAGACCCCACCUCUGCUCCAUCUGCGGCGACGGCUUCCCCUCCGCCGCCAGCCUCAAGCUGCACAUCCACAUCCACACCGGAGAGAAACCCUUCCAGUGCUCGCAGUGCAGCAAGAGCUUCAGGUCGUCCAGCGGGCUGCGGCUCCACAGCAAGCAGCACCUGGACAUCCGACCCAGCUACGAGUGCCCCGAGUGCGGCAGAACCUACGGCCGCAUGACGGAGCUGAAGAUGCACCAACGCUACCACACCGGGGACAAACCGUACGCCUGCACCUGCUGCAGCAAACGCUUCAUCAGCAAAGACAAACUCAACGUCCACAUGAGGGUUCACACCGGAGAGAGACCGUACUCCUGCCCUCACUGUGGACAGACGUUCACACAGACCGGGGACAGAAACAGACACAUCAGUAAAUACCACUAAUUAGAAACGUUCAGAGUAGAGAGGCGUGUGUUCGUGGUUCUGCAUGUUUGUUCGGCCCAGACUGGGAGCUCUGUUCAAGGACAGUGAAAAUGUUGAAACUAUUUUCAGCAAAGUCUUCUGUCUUAUUGGUCAUAAAAACAUCAUUUAACUGUUUCUGAGGAAAAGAAAAAAACUGUCAUGUUGAGAAGAAUAUAACCUGUGAGAAAGAGGUGGUCUGACAUCUGAGACGAUCAGAAACGAGACGAAGAUUUGUGUAAAUUUGGGGGAACUAAAAACAUGCAAAACCACUGAUCUGUCUGAGCUGGAGGAGCAGCUGCGUUAGCAGGUUUCCACUGCUGUGAAAUUUUCUGUCGUCUCACUUUGGCUUUUAUUCUGUCACAUCAAAACUUCAGAGGCUCUGCAUGAGGAUGGCUCUCUCUCUCUCUCACUCUCUCACUCUGUGCCUGACUUAACCUUAAAGGGAUAUUCCCGUGUGAAAUUAAUUUAGGGUCAAUCACACUUCAACACCGAGUUAGACACCCCCUCCAGAGAUGAAUGUUGACGACCGCCUGCCUUUCUAGUUAUACCAACUUUGGUAACGAACAAAGAUAGCAAUAAAGAGAGCCACGCGCUCAACCAAAACGCCACUCUAUAGCCACAAAUAAUGCUCAGAACAGCACCUAACUUCAUCAACAGGACAUAUAGGGUCACAGACAUAGUACUAGACACCAAACAUCUUUUUAACUUUGACUAAUUUCUUAUUUCUGUUUGUAGCGAGACCUCAGGCCAGUCCAUUACGGACUACAGCGGGGUGCCGCAGCUCAAGGAAGAACCUUUAUGAUCAUUUCUUCAUGGAAAUACAAUCAGACCGAGACGCUAAGACAGAAGAACUACUGCGUCUGUAAAAUGAUUAAUAUGGUGAUUAUUACUUCAAGGAAAUGAUAAAGAAAUGAUCAUAAAUGUUCUUCCUUGAGCUGCGUCACCCCGCUGUAGUACAUAAUGGACUGGCCUGAGGUCUCGCUACAAACAAGCGGCUGCUGGAAGAGAGUAGGUGAGUUGUGUUUAGUCUCUUUGGUGAAGAAAAUUAAAAAGGUGUUUGGUGUCUAGUACUAUGUCUGUGACCCUAUAUGUCCUGGUGAUGAAGUUAGGUGCUGUUCUGAGCAUUAUUUGUGGCUAUAGAGUGGCGUUUUGGUUGAACAUGUGGUUCUCUGUAUUUCUAUCCUGCGGUCGUUACUAAAGUUUGUAUAACUAGAGAAGGAAGCGGUCGGCAACAUUCAUCUCUUGAGGGGGUGUCUAACUCUGUGCGUGUUUGACCCUAAAUUAAUUUUACACCAGAAUAUCCCUUUAAUACAACCCUUGCACAUUGGAAUACACUAACUCACCCACAAACACACACUAAUGACUGGCAUGUGAAUGAGUUUUCAGUCAAGCUCAGCUGAUUAUGUGGCUCCAAAUAUCAAAACACACGUUCUCUACCGCAGUAUAACAGCUCAUGAUAUUUCCUUUCACUUUUGAGUUUCUUUGCUUCUUUUAUAGUUUCCUGAUUAUUUUGUAUCAGUGCUGAAUAAAGACAUGCAGUAAAACGAAACUAUCAACCAUGUAAAGAGCAAAGCUUGUAAAAAGCAAACGUGAGCCGCAUCUUCAUUCUCACCUUCAGUCAGAAACUCAUCGUUCAGGUGUAAAUAUGAAUCAAAUCAAAUAAACCGUCUCUGUCCUCUCGUCAGUGCCAGAGCUCAUUUAAAUGAACAAGAAACACAAAGUGUGAAAGGUCUGAAGACAAGGACACAUACAGAACAAGAAUAUCAGUUUAAUCACAUGACCUGGACGACACUUUUUAUUCCAGAUUAUGAGGAAUGUAAAAGUUCUCAAUCAUGUACUUAAUAAGAGAUUAUUUUCAAAAACAAAAAGGAGUUUUCUGAUUUUAUUUGAUCGGUAAAAACAGGAUGUUCUGAUUUUUUUCAUGUAUGAAAGCAGAAAAUAACGCACAGUCUACCUAAGAGGAGAGUUUGAGACAUUAAAUUAACCCUGUUUUUAAAAUACAUAAAAUUAUAAUUAUAAACCUGCAAACAUAAAAAAUAGACUUUUAAGGUUCUUGACUGAACAAGAAAAAAAAUGUUGUAUAAAGGCUGCUCAGAAUCAUCAGACCAAUGCUGACGUCACUCCGUCUUUGUCACAAGACUUAACACGAAGAUGAACAUCCAGACUCAGUAAAAUCAAUAUUUUGUGAAAGAAUUAAAAUGUAAAAUUGUUGGUCCUGAGGAGUCCUGGGACAACGACACAAAAGGCCGGGUUCUAAACACAAAAGGUACGAGUAGGAAAGAAGACUUCCUACUUUCUAAUUUCAGGCUCGAACACUCGGGUUUUAUUAGUAUUUCACUGUAUUUUUUUUAAAACAGGUAUUUGUAAACGUAAAAGUAAAGAAAAUACAGGAAAUAAAUGUUAUGGAAAAGGAUGGUAAUUUAGGGAGAGAAUGAAGCAUUUAAGAACUGUUAGAAAAAAAGUACAAAGGGCUUCAGUUUAAUACCACAGAGUAACUGUUUGUUAAACUUAGUCGAGA